CCACUUCCCUAUCAUAUCACGACUCGACUACUGCAACUCCCUCCUCACUGGCCUAACCUGGCCGCUGGCUAUCCCCGCUCAGUAUACCGCCCCCCCCCUCUGCCAAUCCUAUCCACUGAGUCUCCACUCAGUGUCCUCCACCCCCCUCUGCCAAUCCCUGGAGAUCUGGCCUCCACUCAGUGUCCUCCACCCCCCUGGAGAUCAAUCCCUCCACUGGCCUCCACUCAAUGUCCUCACAUCCCCCUCUGCCAAUCCCUCCACUGGCCUCCACUCAGUGUCCUCCCCCCCCCUCUGUAUUAUAAAUCCUCCACUGGCCUCCACUCAGUGUCCUCCACCCCCCUCUGCCAAUCCCUCUACUGGCCUCCACCCCCCACUGCCAAUCCCUCCACU